UCAGCCUUCCAAGCCAGAGAGGGGAGAUAAUAGCGGCCAAAGCCACAUCCUCCACUGUGUUCCACCACAACCCUGAUGAUCUGUUGAGGACUUCCUCUUGGAACGCGCCCAAGAUUCAGACAAAACAAAACCGGUCUGGGAUCAAUUUUGGAGUAUUCUCUCUGGAGAUCCACCAAAGUUUGGGCCUGGGUCUUUUCAGGAAGCAACGACCAUGUAUCUUUAGCUUUCUGGGAAUCUUUUUCUGACGGUAAAGCACGAGGCGUGGCCUGCAGCCUCGCUCGACUGAAGGGGCCACCCGGGUCGAUGUCCCACCACUUCUCAGCCGCCUGCAAGGAAUUCAGGUUCACAUAACCCUGGAUAUGGAUGUCGUCCUCUCAGAUUUUGUCCGCUCAACUGGGGCAGAGCCAGGUUUGGCAAGAGACUUGCUGGAAGGAAAAAACUGGGACCUGAACGCUGCACUGAGCGACUUUGAGCAGCUGAGGCAGGUCCACGCAGGGGCCCUGCCCCACUCCUUCAACGAGGGGCGCGCCUUCAAGCUGGUGGAGAAGGAGGCCGUGCGGCCGGUGCGGCCACCCCUGCAGCGCCAGGAUGACCUUGUGCAAGAAAAGCGCCUGUCCCGCGGCAUUUCCCACGCCAGCUCCACCAUCGUCUCUCUGGCUCGCUCUCACGUCUCCAGCAACGGUGGCGGCGGCGGCGAGCACCUGCUAGAGACGCCCAUCUGCACCUUCCAGCUGCCUGACCUGACCGUGUACCAGGAGGAGUUCCGCAGCUUCAUCGAGCGCGAUCUCAUUGAACAGUCGAUGCUGGUGGCCCUGGAGCAGGCCGGUCGCCUCAACUGGUGGGCCAACGUGGAUCCCAGCUGCCAGCGGCUGCUCCCCUUGGCGACGACGGGUGACGGGAACUGCCUCCUUCAUGCUGCGUCUCUAGGUAUGUGGGGUUUCCACGACCGGGAUCUGAUGCUGCGCAAGUCCCUUUACACGCUCAUGGACAAAGGUGUGGAACGGGAAGCCCUGAAGCGCCGCUGGAGGUGGCACCAGACUCAGCAGAACAAGGAGUCUGGCCUGGUUUACACGGAGGAGGAGUGGCAGAAAGAGUGGCACGAACUGCUCAAGCUGGCUUCGAGCGAGCCCCGGAUGCACCUCGGCACCAACAGCGGGAGCUGCGGAGGAACUGAAGGCUCCGAGGAACCCGUCUACGAGAGCCUGGAGGAGUUCCACGUUUUCGUCCUCGCCCACGUGCUGAGGAGGCCCGUUGUGGUUGUGGCGGACACCAUGCUCCGGGACUCCGGAGGGGAAGCUUUUGCUCCCAUCCCCUUUGGGGGCAUUUAUCUGCCCCUGGAGGUCCCUGCGAGCAAGUGCCACCGCUCCCCACUGGUCCUGGCCUAUGACCAAGCCCACUUCUCUGCCCUGGUGUCCAUGGAGCAGAAGGAUCCCAGCAAGGAGCAAGCCGUGAUCCCGCUGACCGACUCGGAGCACAAGCUGCUUCCCGUGCACUUUGCCGUGGACCCCGGGCAGGACUGGGAGUGGGGCAAGGACGACAGCGACAACGUCAGGCUGGCCAGCGUGACGCUGUCCCUGGAAGCCAAGCUGCACUUGCUGCACAGCUACAUGACCGUGAAGUGGAUCCCGCUGCCUUGCGACACGCAGGCACCCCUCGCACAGCCAGAAUCGCCCACAGCCUCUGCAGGGGAUGAAGUCCGGUCGGCCGCCGAUUCCGGGGAUUCGGACAAGGAAUCGGUUUGCAGCAGUUCGGCGAGCAACAGCGGCGGCAGCAAGAGCGGCAGCAAAGACAAGGAGAAAGAGAAGCCAAAGAAGGAGCGGGAGAAGGACAAGGACAAGAAGCGGGCGGACUCGGUGGCCAACAAGCUGGGCAGCUUCGGCAAGACCCUGGGGAGCAAGCUGAAGAAGAACAUGGGGGGCCUGAUGCACAGCCGGAUGGCCAAGGGGGGGCUGAGCAAUGGGCAGGGGGAGACGCUGGAGAAGAAGAAAAAGAAGGGGUCCAUCAAGGUCCGGAAGGGCAGCAAGGAGGGGGCGCCCUCCGGGGACCCGGCAGCUCAGGCCGAGAAGCUGUGCCCCGGGAAGGCCGCGUCGGAGAGGCUGCCGGAGGGCUGCAGGUACGGCAGCGACGUCAAGCUGAGCCUGAACAUCCUGCGGGCCGCCAUGCAGGGGGAGCGCAAGUUCAUCUUCGCCGGCCAGCUCAAGACCAGCCACCGGCACCAGUACCAAGAGGAGAUGAUCCAGCGGUACCUCGCGGAUGCCGAGGAGCGCUUCUCCGCCGAGCAGAGGCAGAAGGAGGCGGAGAAGGCGGCGGCGGCGGCGGCGGUGGCGCUGGGAAACGGCGGGGCGGCCAAGAGGCUGGUCUCGGAGGGCAGCCCCCUCAAGGGGGAGGAGGGCCUGCUGAGCCCCACCUACCCACCCGGGCUCCCGCCGUACGGCCUCCCGAGCCCCGAGCCGGCUGUGGUGGGAACGAAGGUGGCCGGGCUGCCGUCCAGCUACACGGCCGUCUUCACCAUUCCCCGCCCCUCCAUGAUGAGCAGCGUGGAGAGCGGCCACCCCCCCAGCUACCAAGACAGCCGGCGGCAGCUGGCCGGAGGGCCCUGCGCCCCCCUCCCCUCCUACGCCACGCUGCCCAGGCACUGUCCCCAGGGCCGGCCCCACCCCUACCAGGCGAGCCCCCCGCACCCGGGGGGCCGCUUCUCCCCGGCGGAAGUGGACCUGCUGCCGAGCUACCCGGGGGUGGACUGCGACGGCCCGGCCUGCCCGGCUCUGCAUAACAACGGCUACCGGGAGUACGCGGAGCCCGGUGGCGGCUCUCCCAAGGGGGCCCACGGCGACCGGAGCAGAACGCGGCUGCUGUACGGGGUGCAGCAGACCAAAUGCAGGCAGCCGAACUGCAGUUUUUACGGGCAUCCAGAGACGGGGGAUUUCUGCUCCUGCUGUUACAAAGAGGAACUGAAGCGCAGGGAGCGGGAGGCCUUGACGCAUCGGUUCUGAGCAGCUGGGUGCUGCUCCUGGUGCCUGGGCCCGCGGGGAGUGGGGAGCGCAAUAAUUCUCUCCUCCGCCCCACCCCAGUCCCCUUCCCCGCCUCCGGCAGGAGGAGAGCGGCCAGGUUCUGGCUCCCAGGGCGCGACGAGGAGGCCCGCGGCUGCCGGGGAUGCCACGCGGCGGGCAGGGCACUGGGGGCGGGUUGGGGAGAGUUUUCGUGCAGGACUGAAGUUGUCAAACCAAGCAAAUCCAGACCAAAGCUUUGAAUUCCAAGGGUAGGACAAGCACAGAAAUGACCAGCAGUGGGACGGGGGGGGGGGGGGGGGCCUCGCUUCCCGUCCAGUUCUCCCCAGCAUUAACUUUCUUCUUCCUUUCGGAGGGAUUAACACCACCAUCCCUGGCUCCCCCCUUUAAAAUAUUUGAAAAUAUGGGUCUCUUUUUAUUAAUUGAUAUUAACAGUUCUGUGUUUUUGUUUCAUUUUUAAAACACCUUCCGUCUCUUUCCAUCCCACAUUGGCCAGAAUGAUGGACUUCCAAGUCCGAAAGGGGGUUUGGGCCGAGUGUGGGGGUGCUUUCCUGGGCUGCUGCUGCUGCUGCCUCCAACCCCCCCCCCACCCCCCGCUGCCUCUUUUCACAGUGCUCGGCCCUUCCACGUGUGCCCAGCCAUGGCUGGACUUUAGCCUUUUUGGAUGAGCUGAGCAGGACGUCAUCUUCUGAAACAAGUAUUUUUAAAAACUCUUGCACAGAGUUUAUGGGGGGGGGCAAGGAAUCAUCCGAGUCCCGACACUCUGCACAUGUGCCAGAGUACAGCAUUUACUGAGCAAGAGAUGAACUUGUUCUUCUAGUCAGACCCACUUAGUAAAAAUCUGGAAAUCGGUGUGGCUUUGAUAAAAGCAAUAAACUUGCUGCAGGCAAUGUUGAAAAUGGGGUGCGAGGAAAACAAGGGGGUUCCUGGCGUUGCUGGAAAGAGCCCUGCAGUUCUGCUGCUGCUGCUGCUCUUGAGAACGUCAGUAGAAAGAUCCGUAUGAUACUCUCUUACCUGCAGAAAGUAACUUCCUUCUGCGCAAGCUAUUUUUUUAUUUUCUAGACUACCUCUGUUCUGCUGAGUAGAAAUAAUCUGGCUCCCUUUUGUCGAGCCAAUACUCCGACCAUGGGAAUGGCGCGUGAAUACUAAAGAAUACAGAUAUUAUAUAUUUUUAACAGGGCUACAUUUGUGCUACCAGGGAUGGGAUGUAAAGCCGAAGCUAACAAUGCUAUAUUUUUCUUGUUCCAAAAAAAAAAAAACAAAGCCAGAUCUGUCUCCAAAACUCCUUGCCCUUGGAAAUUUUGGUAUUUUUGACACCACCUGAGCAUGUCCUCUGUUGGCCCCGGAGCCUUUGCGACACAUGCAUUUUUGGAAACUAGCAGCUGAAUUUGACUACAGGUGGGCAGGUUGAUCUGACUCAUGGCAGAGUCUCUAAAACUAUGCAAUUUUCCACUCCUGCGCAGCCGGAGUGGGAGCGAGCGAGAUGCAAGUGUACUUAAAACAUGUUCCUUACGGACGCCCGUUGCAGGCGUUCCUCUCCGUGCGUGGAUGCUCCUGGCACUGCCUUCCUGUGAAUGGCCGGGCCAUGCGAGUGGGUGAUGGAGAUGGCGGAGAAGCCUUUGGCUGGCCAGGUGGCUUCCUGCAUUUAGAGCCGCAUGUGGAGGAGGAGGAGGAGGAGGAGGGCGCCGUGAGCUUGGCAAGGGGGAGUGGAUCCUGUGGGAAGGGGGCUCUGCAGGCUCCUGAGAGGGGAUGCGCCCUCUCAAGCAGUGUUCCUUCACCCGAAGCACGCCCGGUGCUUUGGGCCACAUGCCCUCAGGCUUCCCGACCACAGCCACGCACGCUGCACUCCUGGGCUGAUGCGACUCGCGCCCUGAGGGCACCAGCCUGGGGGACGCUCCCCGUCCAUCUCUUGGCCCUGUUGUGGAAUGUGGCGGAAAGCUCACCAGCGGUUUCGGGUCUCUGUGGAUUUCACUACUCGGUGACGGGGCCAGCGGGGUAUGUUCUGGUGGGCUGAGCUGGCAGUGCGGGGGGGCGGGGGGGGCCAAGGCUGCGUCGUGGGGCUUCUUCAGGGGCAAGAGCUGCUUCUGUUCUCCAGGGGGGCCAUUCUGGUGCUCCCUCCGGCCAGCCCCCUGCUUGGAGUGGGGGCGGCUUGACGGGAGGACGGCUCCCGGUGCUGGAAGCCCAACUCCCGAAAGAUGGAGCUGAACACCCAGCACUGUUUCCGCGGCCUCAAACAAGUAGACUAGCAAAGGCACUCCUUUGAGGGGGGCUUUGUCGGGCUUGCUGACAGAUCCAUAAUGCACACAGCAGCUGAAAGUAGCCAUUUCUGCGUGUGUGUGUGUGUGCGUGCAAAAUUCAACCUCUAUAUUUUCCUGAGGCCAGCAGAGAAGAGUCUUGGUUACAUCUGUUGUGGCUUCUCCAGCCCCAGAAAUGCCAGGUGCUUUGGGAUCCUUCAGCUGCAGUCAUAAUGGAUCAUGCAGAAAUGUGUCCAUAGUCAGUGAAGAGGGAAGUGCAGGAUCCAUCCCCACACCCACAAAGCACCCAGUUUCCUUUUUAAUCUGGUUCUCCCUGUCCAUCUGCCAGUUUGACAAGACCAGACGAGAAGGCUCUUGCAGCAUCCUGACCUCCACGAGCUUUUUUCCACGAGGUGGGACCUCAUGGCCGAUCUCUGUGCCCCCUCUGCCCCCUCCCUCCGUCAGCACCUGAUUUUCAGAUCUCGCCUUGACAUUUGUUACUGGUCUCUCUCUGGUCUCCAUUAUCAUCACUCUUCUUGUUGUUGUUGUUACAAUUAGGAUAAAUAGAGUGUAGCAUUUUUUUAAAAAAUGAAGAAACAAUGAACUUAAGCAGUUUAAGUUAAAAAAAGGGUAAUUUCAGAGUAUGUUUUUCUAUACAUGCCAGUUUCACUAAGACUCCCCAAUUCCAGAGCCUUUCCGCCUUAAUGAUGUCAUAAUGGAAUCUAAUUAACUCUUUCAUACCAGGUUGACUCUGAUUCAAUGUAUAUGUUGACUGACUUUUUUGCUUCCUUUGAUUUCCUGAUGCUCUAGUUUCCUUUAUGGUGAAACACCCUCCCUCUUUCCUUUUGCUUAAAAAAGGGAAUAUUAAAAAUACAAAUGUUAUUUAUUGAAUGACACCCCCUUUACUCAUUGCCUAAGCAGCUGAAAAAUGAAUGGAGUGGAAACA